CAACCCCCAUUAGACUAUUUAGAGGUCAAUCCCAAAAUCAUACCAGAGAAAAAAUGGUUCCAACCAUGACCAGCCCUUCAGGUAUCACCAACUUUGUUAUAAACAAUGGCAAUGGAGUUAAGGGUCUUUCAGAAAUGGGUCUCAAAAGCCUUCCAAAGCAAUAUAUCCAGCCCCUUGAAGAGAGAAUUAGCACUGCGAGUUUUGGGAUAAAAAACUCCGAAGAGACAGUUCCCAUCAUCGACAUGUCAAACUGGGACGACCCGAAAGUUGCAGAAGCUAUUUGCAGUGCAGCAGAGAAGUGGGGGUUUUUUCAACUUGUCAACCAUGGGGUGCCCGUUGAAGUGCUUGAGAAUGUGAAGGAGGCAACUCAUCGCUUCUUUGAGUUGCCAGCUGAGGAGAAGAGUAAGAAUUCGAAAGAGCGUUCGUGUUCGAACAAUGUCCGGUUUGGGACGAGCUUUAGCCCUCAAGCAGAGAAGGCUUUGGAGUGGAAAGAUUACCUUAGUCUCUUCUAUGUUUCUGAGGAUGAGGCCUCUGCACUUUGGCCUCCUGCCUGCAAGGAUGAAGUGCUUGAAUACAUGAAGAAAUCCGAAAUUCUCAUAAAACGACUCCUAGAGAUGCUAAUGAAGAGAUUAAAUGUAAAAGAAAUAGACCAAGAAAAAGAAGGUCUUCUAAUGGGAUCCAUGCGGAUUAACCUCAACUACUACCCCAUUUGCCCAAACCCUGAGCUCACAGUUGGAGUUGGCCGCCACUCCGACGUCUCAACACUCACCGUCCUCCUUCAAGACCAGAUUGGCGGCCUUUAUGUGCGAGGCGGCACCGACAAGAAGACUUGGAUUCAUGUCCCUCCGGUGAAGGGGUCGUUGGUGAUCAACAUUGGUGAUGCACUCCAAAUCAUGAGCAACGGACGAUACAAGAGCAUCGAGCAUCGAGUGGCUGCGAAUGGAAGUAAGAACAGGAUUUCAGUCCCCAUAUUUGUCAACCCGAGGCCGUCGGAUUUGAUCUCUCCGCUGCCGGAAGUGCUUGCAAGUGGGGAGAAAGCAGUGUACAAGCAAGUUCUGUAUUCUGAUUAUGUCAAGCAUUUCUUCCGCAAGGCUCAUGAUGGGAAGAGUACGAUUGAGUUUGCCAAAAUUUGAAGUUUUACUUUAUAUGCACUAUAUGGGAAAGUAAUGUUGUGUGAAUAAGCUUAGUGAUAUCAAGGUCUUAGAAAUAAAAAUGUUUGUACCACAUAGGAGUGGCUCAUGUGAAAAUGAGAUGUGAUUAAUAAUGUGAUUAUCGAUAAAUGUGAUUAUCGCAUUAUGUAAACGCAUAUUUACUUUCAGAUAAAUUAAUUUUAGUAUAUUUGGGAGCUGUUUGAUACUCCAACAAAGUCAUUACAUACUCACAAGAAGGAAAUUGCACUUUGAGAGUGCAUGAUAACUUUUUGGCGAAUUGCUGUAAUAUAUAAACUAUCGGCUGGAUUAGUAAUAUUACAAGACGGUGUGAUAAUCACACACACACAAAAAAAAAAAAAAAAAAAAAAAA